UUGGGUCAUCGGAGAAUUCCUUUCCUCCCUUCUCUGUUUCAUUCUUUUCUCUCGAAGGAAAAAAGCACCCUCUUUUCUCUAUUUCCCGGCAUUAUAUGGGUUGGCGAGACGAAUGUGAUGAGAAUUUUUGUCCCCUUGUAGAGAAUUCUGUUGGUUCUUCGUGAUUCUCCGAUCUUGCAUUUGCCGGGGAAUUUAGUGCAGAUUCUGUCUUGCCAGGAAACUUUUGGGCCUUAAAACUGGGAUAUUGUUUGGAUUAGCUUGAGCGGGCUGUGAAGGAUACAUGAAUACCUGAUAAAAGCUUUGUUUUCGUGAACAUCUGAAAUGAUCACCGAACCAUGGUGCUGCAGAAGAGGCUAGAUUAUGGACUUAACGGGUAUCAGGUGCCUGCCACACCUCGAGCUGCAAGAUCGGCUAGAAGGAGCGCUUUCAAGAAGAAAGGCGCCGACCAUCAAAUCUCCCCAUUUGAUUUGUUGGCGGCCGUAGCUGGAAAUUUUCUGCGCGAGGGUGGCAAUUCUUCCUCCUCGAGCAACAAUGCUUCGGGCAAUGGAGAUCAAUGUCCGGCUACACAGAGCCAUGUGAAGAAAGAAACACUUGAUGAGGAUCAAACAGCGAGAGAAGAAACUUGUGUUCAUGAUGAUGCUCAAAGGAGAUUCUUUGUCUCCGAGAUCCUUCCGAAAGCUCAUCAAAUCCAAAGCCUGAGUCCUCUGAAAGAUUCCCAUCUCGGGUCUACAUCCGUAAUAACAUCUUCCGAUUCCUCAGAGAGGGUUGGCUCCCGAGAAUUGGUGUUUGGGAGCAAGAACCAAACUGCAAGUCCAGAUGGUGAUUGUGGUAAGUCUGAGCAUAAUGAUAAGGAUUCAACUGUUGGCAGCCUGAUCAAAGAAGUGAAGUUGGUUGAGGACAUGGUACCGAUGAAUGAGCAUCCUCAUAUAGGUAGGACACCGACUUACGGGAAUUCAAUUCUUCAAAAUCCUUUGCCUGUAGAGCCAGAUGGCGUAGAUUUAGUUAAUAGGGGAAAUGAUGAUGACGACGAAAACUCAGCUCGGGCUUAUGUUAGUGACACAACAAAAUCAUUUAGGUCAACUCUGCAUGUUGGAGAUAGAAGAAUAAGGAAAAUCUUGGCUUCAAAGUGUUGUACAGUAUCCCCGAAACCAAAGGGUACAACAGGAACUAAUUCAAGCCUAGAUUUGAAGCCUGGUUACAGCAGCAGCCUAAGAUCGGAGAGGAAUUAUCCGAUCAAGAAGAGGAGAUACUUCGACUGUUUUAAUCCAUCACAGUCGGAAGAAGAAACAGUCAAGAAGGAAGGUCAUUGUGGUUCUCCUCAUAAGGAUAUCACCAGAAACAACGGAAAAAAUACUUCUUCAGCCAUUUUAUCAUCCACAACUGAUCAGAAGACAAAGCUCCAGUCAAGAGACUCUCAAGCCAAGCUUAGAAUCAAGUCCUUUAGAGUGCCUGAACUUUUCAUUGAGAUUCCAGAGACUUCCACUGUUGGUUCUCUAAAGAGAACGGUCUUGGAGGCUGUGAAUGCUAUACUCGGAGGUGGAUUACGUAUAGGUGUUCUUGUUCAGGGGAAAAAGCUUAGAGACGACAAUAGAACGCUUCUUCAGACCGGAAUCCCGCUAGAUGCUCUGUCAGAUUCUUUAGGCUUUUGUCUUGAGCCUAACCCUUCACAAUCUCCAAAACCGCUUUGUCCCGGAGAUUCUAACCCUCCUCUUCCUUGUAAUAUACCUCAACCCCUAACCAGGUAUCUCCCAUCACCCGGGAGCCGUAAUGUUUUGGCUAAAAGGAAUAACUCUGUAGAAAGUGACCGUGACUACAAACCCUCUGCAUCCAGAGCAAUGACAGGUAAAACCACGUCGGAGUAUUCAAGAGCCUUGGUCCCUGUCCCUCCCUUUCAAGCAGAGGCUAUAACAGUAAUUCCACCCCGGAAACCCAAGCGGUGUGAGGUGGCACAACGCAGAAUCCGUCGACCCUUCUCGGUUGCAGAAGUGGAGGCCCUUGUUCAGGCUGUCGAGAAACUUGGGACCGGAAGGUGGCGCGAUGUAAAGUUGCGAGCUUUCGACAAUGCAAAGCACCGGACAUACGUGGAUUUAAAGGACAAGUGGAAAACGCUGGUCCACACGGCGAGAAUAUCGCCUCAGCAGAGGAGAGGGGAGCCAGUUCCGCAGGAGCUCUUAGACCGUGUCCUAACGGCUCACGCCUACUGGUCCCAGCAACAAGGGAAACAUCAGCAACUGACUCAGUCACAUGGGCCGGAGACCAGCCUCGGUCUCUAAGCCUAGGGUUUUAAGGCAUCACUCCAUGCGAACAUGGACAUAGUGAGAUGAAAUCCAGUUUUGUUUUCUUCAUAUACACACUUCAGGGUUGUUUUUUUCAUGUUUUUUUGGUGACGAAUCAAUGUAAUAGAGAGAGAACAGAGAGGAGGACAUAUAGAUGGUGAAAUGAAUCUGGUGUACUUUGAUACAAA